UCUCCUGUGUAUGUUUUUCCCAAGGUAAUAAGCAAUGGCGACGGCAGCAGCACCGGAACAAACACCCGCAGCAGCGCCGUCGGUCCCGGCGCCCUUUGACCUGUCUCAACCCCCGAUUAUCGAGGGCUUCAACCCGACGCCGAGGAACAAAGAUGAGACGUUCAAGGAAAAGUUUAUGAGGAAAACCAAGGAGAACCCCUUCGUGCCAAUAGGCUGUUUGGGAACAGCAGGCAUGCUGAUGUAUGGCCUCCGUGCUUUCCAUCAAGGGAAAACCAGACAAUCCCAGCUGUUGAUGAGGGGACGAAUCUUUGCCCAGGGCUUCACUGUAGUUGCCAUCAUAUUCGGUGUCUUUACCACAGCCCUGAAACCCAAGCAGUGAGGACAGAUCAGCCCAUUUCCCCCGUUCAACUCCUGGGAGUCAGACCAGAUUCGUCUUGGAAUUGGACUGUCUGAAUAAACCGAAUGAUGUAUUGUGUAUUCGACAUUGUUCAAAUACAUGCGUUAAGGCCAACAUAUUUAUUCUGCUUUAAAAGCUGUGAAUUGUUCAUGGUGAAAUGAUAUUUUGGUUGUGGUGUUGAAAAGCAGAGCUCCUUGUCAGACCAGUGAGCAAACCGAACUUCCAACCCUUUUUUUCCGAUCUCAGAUGUAUUCUUUGUAUUGACAUUGGAUCUUCUGAUAUAAAUUUUUAUUUGAGCCUGA